AUGUUCAGUGCAUUAAAGCGUGCUGCCGAGCUUGCUCGGCGACCGGACAUCGCGGCGCAAGAUGAUAUUGAUACAUUCAUAGUCCUUCGGUUCCUGCGUCGACUUAGAGAUGCUGUCCGUGAUUUUAUCUUCAAGGUCAUCGACAAAGACAACUUCACCAUAGCUGGGCGCUGUGGAUCACGUAUAGUGGAGGAAGUGCCUCUCCACAACGGACGUUACUUCGUUGUUGCGUACAACCAUAGCCUCGUUGGACACGCGAUCGGGCUCAGAGUUCAAGGGAAGAAGGGCAAGAUCCGACGAAUUUUUGACUUGAAGGAUCCCAAGCCAGUGCCGUCGGCGAUGGAUUGGAUCCCGUUCGUUCCCUGCAUUCGUCCUUUCAUUGUCUUCAAGAAGAAAGAGAAAACCUUAGUGCGAACAAAAGAUAAAACCCAGUGGGAAAAAGGCUAA